AUGAGAUUCCUAUCAAAUAAAGCGUAAAAACCCUGUUUUUCAAUAAUCAGAAACGACGGGGCGUUCUUGCACCACCAAAAAUGGCAUAACAUUAGAAGCUAAAGAAAUGGGUUGUCGUUUGAAGGGCAUAUGUGUUAAUUGAAGUGUGGUGCUUUGAGUCUCUCUCUCCUUGAGAAGUCUGCCAACUGAAGACGGGAGAGGAGAGAGAUGGGUAUAGAGAUUGGAGGGAGAAUAGAGAAAGUAAAUGGUAAAGAAUUGAGCUAUGAUGAGUUCGUGGAGAGAUAUUUAUCGAAGAACCAACCAGUAGUACUAACAGGUCUCAUGGACAAUUGGAGAGCUUGUAAAGAUUGGGUCACUGAUGAUGGCUACCCAAAUCUUCAAUUUUUCUCUACCCAUUUUGGCAAAUCUAGAGUCCAAGUUGCGGAUUGUGGGACUAGAGAAUUUACUGAUCAGAAGAGAGUAGAAAUGACAGUUUCGGAGUUUAUUGAUCAUUGGAUUGAGUAUAAUGCAUCAAAUCAUGAGAGUAAUAGCAAGUCCUUGUUGUAUUUGAAGGACUGGCAUUUUGUAAAGGAAUACCCAGAAUAUGUAGCAUACAGAACCCCAUUACCUUUUUGCGAUGAUUGGCUCAACCCGUACCUUGACCAUUAUCGGAUGCAUAGAAAUCCAGAUACAUAUCAAGAGAACAAUGAAAUAUGUAGCUCUGACUAUCGUUUUGUUUACAUGGGAGCAAAAGGUUUGAGGAUAGACGUGAUGGACUCUUUUGAAUGUCUUCUUAGAUGUGGAUCCUGGACUCCUCUUCAUGCAGAUGUUUUCAGGUCAUACAGUUGGUCAGCAAAUAUUUGUGGGAAGAAGAAAUGGAUUUUUCUGUCUCCUUCUCAAUGUCAUCUUGUAUUUGACAGGAACAUGAAGAACACGGUUUAUAACAUUUUUGAGGAUGUUAGUGAAACUCAAUUUCCAGGUUUUAAGAAGGCUAUCUGGCUCGAGUGCAUUCAGAAUCAAAAUGAAAUUAUCUUUGUACCUAGCAGAUGGUAUCAUCAAGUACAUAACCUGGAAGAUACAAUAUCAAUAAACCACAAUUGGUUCAAUGCAUAUAACCUUUCUUGGUGGGAUCUGCUUUGGGAAGAUUACAAGGAGGCAAAGGAGUACAUAGAAGACAUCAGGGAUAUCUGCGAUGAUUUUGAAGGUGUCUGUCAGCGCAACCUUGCAGCUAACACAGGCAUGAACUUCAUUGAUUUCUUCAUUUUCCUUGCACCCUUCUUCUUGGCCAAUGUGGUCCAACACUACUGUCGAGACAGAGACAGUGAAACCUCACACAGGACAUCUAAAGUAACUCGACAUUUAGCUUUUAAUUUAGCAUCCAUACAGAAAAUUGCACUCAAGAUGAGAUCCACUGAAGGUGAGACUGGAACCGGAGGUUACUUCUUGGAUUUGAAGGAAAUUGUAGAGGACCCCAAGUUUCUUAAACUGUACAUGGACAUGGGAAGGAUUUACGGUAUGAUACAUGAGCAACAGAGUAGGACUAAUAGAGAUAUAGAGAAGGCUAUGGAAGAUGAUAUUUUGGACUAUAGCUUUUCCAUUUGUACACUUGAAGAUUUUGUUAAAUUUGUAGACUAUACUGUAAGAAAACUUGGUAACAUUUGAGAAAAUGAUUCUGCCACCAGCCUUUGCUCAUUUCGACCUAGAAUAGCAGGGGGGUUAUGGCGUCUAAGUUUUAUAUAUUUGUCAGUUUGUUUUGUGUA